AUGAGUGAUGAUGAUGAUGACGAUGAUGAUGAUGAUGAUGAUGAUGAUGAUGAUAAUGAUGAUGAUAAUGAUAAUGAUAAUGAUGAUGAUGAUGAUAAUGAUAAUGAUAAUGGUAAUGAUGAUAAUGACGAUGAUGAUGCUUCUUCUUCUCUCUCUUCGGUGUCGGUUUCUAUUCGAAAUUCGGAUCGACCUCACUUCCAACACCAUUCAAACACCAACACAACCUAUUUAAUACCUUAA